UAAUUGUGAGACAACAGCGUGACGUGCACAUAUAAAUGAGGCGUUCCACUUUGCUCGUCAUUGACCAAUUCCGAUGCCCGAAGCAACGACAGCGCUCAACUCUAAAGGGGUGGGGUACACCUACUACCAGCUGAUGGAGAAAAACCAGCACCAAAUUGCACAGGUCGACGGACUCACCGGCGAAGAGCAGACGUAUGGAGAGCUGCUGCAGCGUUCCAUUGGAGCUGCCGUAGCAAUGGAGAGUGAGGGGCUAAAACCUGGCGAUUUUAUCUCCAUUUGCUCACUGAACCAUCUCGACGUGGGCGUACCGUACCUAGCGUCGCUAUUUACCGGUGCGAUAUGUGCGGCCGUCGAACCCACCAUGUUGGCCCAGGAAGUGGUCCACUUGCUCAACCAGGUGGAGCCCAAGAUAAUAUUUGUUGGUCGGGAGGCGGUUGAAACUAUAAGAAAGGCUGUGGAGGACCUGACAACCAAGCCACUUGUUGUGGUUUUUGGGAAAAGCGGCAAAUACCCCUCUUUCUCCGAGUUUAUAGCACGCCCCACAAAGGGAUUUGCACCACGAGUACCGGUGGAUGUGAACGAAACUGCUUUAGUCCUCUUUAGCAGUGGAACAACUGGUCGGCCCAAAGCAAUUUGCCAUAGCCACAAAUCUAUGCUGGCUGAUUACGAAUACAUAAUCGGGAAAAGUUUUUCUUCCAUCGCUGGAUUUGCAACUCCCUACUGGGUCAGCUACCACGCCAUCCAGCACAUGUGCAUUAUACACGGGCUGCGCAAAAUUGUGUAUCCCCGCUUUGACGUUAGCAAUCCGUGGAGAAUAUUCGACUUCAAAAUUGACCUUGUUAUGGUCAAUCCGUUACAAGCUCUUAGCUUUUUAGCUCACGAACCUCCCGAUGGCGUGGACUUUCAGAAUUUGAAAUACAUGGCCUUUGGCGGCAACGAUAUAUCGAAGGAGCAAAUUUUGAGGUUGCGCUCGAGGUUUCCUCUGACUAAGGUCGUGAACAUGUACGGACAAACUGAACUCUUCGGAGGUCCAUUUUUGUAUCCCUUCCACACUAACUCAUGGGAUUUGACGAUAAAGUACCCGACGUGCGUCGGCAUUAUUAAGGAUACCGUCUCUUGGAAGGUUGUCGACAUUGAGACGGGGCAGACAUUGGGCCCCAACCAACAGGGCGAACUUCUGCUGAAAACCGAACGCCAAUUCAAAGGCUACCACAAUCGUGAUUCGUCCGACGCCUUCGACCACGAGGGAUGGCUGAGGACCGGAGACCUGUUCUACUACAACGAGGAGAUGUGCUUCUUCGUCGUGAACAGGAUGAAAGAGAGCUUCAAGUUCCAAGCCCAUCAUAUCAUACCUAGCGAAAUCGAGCACGUCCUCCUCUCGCAUCCUGCUAUUGCGAAAGCCGUGGUCCUGGGUCUUCCUCACGAGACCGAAAACAACCACCCGAUGGCGGUGAUCCAGUUGCAUCCGAAAGGGCCGCGCGUUUCCGAGGAAGAAAUCGUGAGGUACGUCGAACAGAGGGUCGCCGACAAGAACCGCCUCAGGGCCGGUGUAAAGUUUGUCAGAGCAAUUCCACUCACCGUUACGGAUAAGGUCAACCGGUUUAAGCUAAGAGAAAUGAUAAUAAAUUGUAGCAUUUAGGGACUGUGAUAUUUUGAUCUGAGGAAGACUACCUAGGGUAGUAAAUAAACAAAUGUAGGGUGGCCAACUAACUGAA